GCUAAGAGCCAGGGAUAAGAGGCUCGGGACUGUGUGGCCCCCUCGCCUGGGCUGGCCCGCCACCGCCACACAGGAAGCGAGGAAGGAGCGCCGCCCCCACCCCAUCUAGGAAUGUCCAGUCCCCGGGCCUCCUGCUGGGCACAGGGGACCUCCAUCAGCACGCACGUGGCUUCCCCUGUAGUAGAGGAGGAAGACCAGCUAGGCAAUGCCAAUACAGAGCGCCAAGUGUCGCACGGUCAGUGCACCAGUUUCUGUCUGAUUGACAACCAGAGCCGCUCCCAGAUGAGUGAAUUUUCCUGGAAGGAUGUUACCAGUGCCUUGUCCCUGGCCAACUUGAUCCUGGGGCUUUUCUCCAUCUUCUGCAGCUUCUGCAAGAAGUCCCACUGUGCCUCCUGGAUGCUUCUGAUGAGCUUCCUGUUAGACAUGGCGGUCAGGGCAAUGACCAGACACCUCAACAUCUGCUCCAAGUUGGGAGCUGAGCUGAAUGACUUUGCUGUCUUCACCACCUUUGGCCUGGCAUCAGCCCUGCUCCUAGGCGUGAAUGGGGCUCUGAACGGGUUCCUGGCCAUCAUCUAUGUGUUAGCUGCUUCUUUCCGCCUGUGUUUUUAUUCAAGUGGCAUUCCCUUCACAUACAAAGGUCUACCCUGCCCCUACGCUUCCUGUGUCUUGGCCUCCACCUCCCUUCUGACCAAAGGCAACACGUUCAUUCUCUCUUGCAUGGCCUCACUCAUGAUCCUCUUCAUGAUGGACCAAAGCUACUACCCACACGACGAAAUCCUGGAGUCUCAGAACUGGAAAAAAAUGGUUUAUCUGGCAGGUGUCAUCAUGCUAUUUUUGUCUCCAUUCUCGCUAACCGCUUUUUACUGCCUGAUGUGGUCGCUGUCCUACAUCUUCUUUCCAGAAGUUCUGUGGGGCAAGGCAGAGUGUCUUAGGCUACAGCACGGAGGAAACUAAACAGCUCUACCAACGGCCACUGGCCUCUGUGGGGUUUGUGCCAGCGUGCCGGGCCAAGCCUGCCUUAUCCUCACUAAAUCUUUCCUUGUCCCUGCAUUGUGCGUGUGCAAGAUACAUGUUGCCUUGAACUAGAGCAGCCCACAGUGGGGCCAGCGGCCUUCACUUCUGCCUCUUUAUUCAGGGCUCUGAAUCCCUUGGGGACAACAGUUGCCUAUGUCAUAUAGAACAGAAUUUUUUCUUAAGCUAAACUUGGGCCAGGUUUGAGUUCCAGCUUUGUUUUUAGCUGAGUGACCUUGUGUACUGCGGUUAACCUCUAGGAAAGGAGUGAAACCAUUUGGUAUUGGUAUGGCCUCCACUCCAGUGGUGGGGUGGUGCUCACUAAAGCAUUUCUUUUUUUUUUUCCUUCUUCUUGUUCUUCUCCCCAAAACCCCGCAGUACAUAGUUGUAUAUUCUAGUUGUAGGCCCUUCUGGUUGUGCUGUGUGGGACGCUGCCUCAGUAUGGCCUGAUGAGCAGUGCCAUGUCCACGCCCGGGAUCCCAGCCAGCGAAACCCUGGGCCGCUCAAGCAGAGGGCGCGAACUCAGCCACUCGGCCACGGAGCUGGCCCCUAACGCAUUUCUUAAACUCGCAGUGUCUGGCUCUGUAGAUCAGAGCAAUCACAGGACAAUCAUGUUGCCCAACUUGAAUGUGUGUGGGAUUUUGUAACUUAAAAUUCUAUGUUUCAACAAUGAAAUCGUCUGCCUUUUGCUUUGUUUAGAGAUUAGACAUAUUGGCAGCUUGAGGACAUCAUUUGGUUUCCAGGAUCUGUUGAGUGGUUUUUCCCUAAGCCCUAAAAUACUAAACUCUAGAUAUUAAACACUACUUCAUAUUCUAAAAUCCAAAUCAAAUAAAAAUAAACAAUAUUGCUUUCAGGUCCACUGAAAGCAACACCCCCCAGCACUGCCUCUGGACUUUCUCCCUCCAGAUGUUUCACCAAAGGACUGUUGGCUAGUUCUGCCCCUUCCUCAACCAGGGCACCAGAGCCCCUUUCACCUCAGGUCUAACUUCUUGAAGUUUGCAGCACAGUGCAUGUGGCAAAUAUGCCUUAAAUCUAAAAUUAGGUUUUAAAAAUAGAAAUCCAAAGAAGUUCAUAUGACUAUGAUUUGGUUUUAAAGGAACAGCUAGCUCCCGCCUCUUCCCCACUGCCCUCUAUUCAUAUCUCAGCUGUAUCACGGAUGUUUUUUCCUAGUUAGAUGAACAUGUCUGUGUCCCACUAGAUUUUAAGUUCCUUCAGUUUUAUGUUUUUUUAUUUCUGCUGCCUGCCACAGUGCCUGGUGCUCAAAAAUGUUUACUUUGGAGAUGAAUUGAAUUAAACACGACACAUAAAAUAACUAGAAUAGUGAAUGAUGUGUAAAAGGGGUUAAGUAAAUGUUAGAUCUCUCCUUCUCUCCCCUCUAGCCUUCCUCCCUUUCUGUUAGAUAACUUUCCAUUUAAAAUAACAGUAACAAUAAUAGUUAACAUAUAUUUAGCCCUUCUUCUGUGCCAGGAACUGAUCUUUGCACUUUACUAUUCCACUUAAUCCUGCACACAACCCAACGAGGGAAGCAACCAUAGGCUUAAGUCAGAAGUUCUGAAAGUGUUCCUGACACCUUUUCAGGGCUAAAACUAUCUUCUUAAUAAUCCUAAAACCGGGACUGAAAUGUCGCUAUUGACAUUUUGCUAAUGGUGCAAAGCAACUGUGGGUAAAGCUGCUGGGACCUUGGUGCGAAUCCAGGCAGUGGCACUAAAUGGUACUGGUUGUCUCGAGGAAAAACAUUGGUUUGAGUCUGAACUGAACUAGCUGCUUUUCUUAUGAAACACCAAAGGAUGACUGACAGACAAACUAGGGUUUUUCAGACGUGGUUUUCUUGAAAUAUGAACUGGGUGAGACUGUCACUUCAAGAAAAAACAGUUCUUGUUGCCAAGGAUAAAAUUUGAGCAUUUAAGUGAGCAUUAGAAUUUUGGAAACUUGUAUCCACCACCUUGACACUGACAGUUUUCCAAUACUCAAAGACAGUUCUU